UUGGGCUGAGCUCUCCCAGGAGGAGGCAGGCAGUGGAGGACCCCAUGUGGCAGGCCCCGCUCUCCAGAACUCGGGCAGCCAGCACUGGGUGUGGCCAGGCAGGAGUCCCCAAAAUGGUCCCCAGCUUCAGAGGCCUUUAGGGGAGGAACAAGAAGCUGGGUGACCUGGAAGAGAUCUUAGGUCAAGGUGGGGGACACCGAGGAGAGUGUGGGAUAGGGUUGCAGAUAAAUCUAAGGGUGACAAGCCCAGAAUCUUACUGCCCAGAAACUCCCACCCUGAAGGUGGAGCUCCAACAAGGGACAGCCAAGAGGACCAAGACGCCCAGGGCUUUUUCGGGAACCGGCCCCACUGGCUGGCCACGGUGCCCUGGGUAGGCCUGCAUGGACAUCCCCAUCAGCAGCAGAGACUUCCGCUGCCUGCAGCUGGCGUGCGUGGCCCUGGGCCUGGUGGCUGGCAGCAUCAUCAUCGGCGUCUCCGUGUCCAAAGCUGCGGCCGCUCUGGGUGGUAUCUUUAUUGGCGCUGCUGGUCUGGGACUCCUCAUGUUGGCCUACCCCUUCCUGAAGGCUCGGUUCAACCUAGACCACAUCCUGCCUAACAUAGGGAACCUGAGAGUCCACCCCCAUCCAGCGCCAGACCAAGGGGAGGGAAGAUCCAACGCCAAUGGCAAUAAAGAGGGAGUCCGAAGCAGCCUGGCCACUGUGAGCAGAACCUUGGAGAAGCUGAAGCCAGGGGGCCGGGGGGCUGGGGAGGGCUGAGCCGUGGGCUGAGGGGCUGCCCCCUGCCCUGUCCUGCCCUGCCCUCCCUUCCUGCCUGCCACCCGGAUUUCAGAGCCCUCCUGGGUCCAAACCAGAAAUGAACCAGCACCUGGAGAUGUCAGACCUGCACUCACCUGGCCAAGGCUCUUGGCAACGGGAUCCACAGAGUGGGGGUCCGGAAGUCUGAAACAAGAUGUCGCUGGAAGCCCCACGGGGGGGUCUUUGUUUUAGGCUCUUGACCUGGAUUUUCUCUCUGGACUUCAGCUCAGCUUCCUUCCACUUUCUAUCUACUGCUGGUUUCUGUGGAAUUUAGGGUCCAGGGAUACCCCAGUCUCUUGCUUCAGCCUGGUCACAGAAGUGAACCACAGGCCCACGGGAACCGCAGACAGGGUCCUGGCUGGGCCCUUCAGCCCCCAGGCCUGGCCCUGGGCCUCUAGAGCUCACUGGCUGAAUAGAGGGGCUGGAUCUGAUUCUUUCGGGGAUAUUAAAACUCUGCGCAACUCCUCGGGGACCUUAGCAGCAGUGAACCUGAGGGGGAGUGGGAGGCGAGAGGGGGAGAGGGAUCCUAAACAAGCCAAGUGGUCACUGUCAUGACUGGAGGCUUCCAGGAGGAGGUGGCUCCUGAGCUGAGCCGUCCCCUGAGACUCUUGGUAUUUGACUCCAGACAAGACAUCCAGCCUCCUUCUCCUCCCCAACCUCCACACUCUCACUGCACCUGAACACUCAGAACACAUCCAGCCUCCAAGCCCUGGCUCAUGUUCUCCUGGAGGCGCCUCUGCUCCUCUCUGCCUUUCAAAACCCCCACCAUUAAAGGCCUCGUUCCAAGAAUCCCUUAACCACAGCUCCCUCCUGGUCCUCCCACCAGCUUGUGUCUCCCUCUCUCGAUAGUCUUCAGGCAGGUUGAAGUCUUCUUUUUCAUAAAAUAAUUAUUAAUCCUAUUUAAGCCUACUAUAUGUUGCCCUUUUCCUGUCACCAUCAAGUCCCAAGAGGCUCAAUAAAUGUUAAUGGCUUAAUUGUAAUGGUAAAAACAUUCCCCGGGCUUUCUCUAGAGAUCCACCUCAAGGCCCCAUGCACCCACAGGCGUGGGGUGAGGAGGACCUGGCCCAGGUGCAUGUGGCUCUGCAGAAAACAUUAUUCCUCCUUCCACACCACUCUUCAUACACAUGCACCUUCAUGAUCUCUUCAGAGACACCUGUUUGUGGCCUCUGUCCUGGUCUGGUGAGCAAAAAGACAAAGCUAGAAAGAAUCUCAUUCUGAAAGGAUCCAUGCAGGUGGCACCUCCUCUUGGAAGCCUCCCUGAUUUCUCUGUACUCCCAUCACCCCAGGGCUCCCUCCAUCAUAGCCCUCAUCACUCUUAAUGGCCCUUGUCUAUUUCUCCUCUUGAGGGUAAGGGGCAGAGAGCUGGGCACACAGAAAAUACCCAGUGGAUGUUGGAAAACCCAACCAAAAGUGGGAGAGACCAUCUCACUGUACAGAUGGGAAAGUUGAGACUCUGUAGGGAAAGGACUCAUCAAGUCCCAAGAUGGGAGAUUGUGGAGCCAUGCCUCGCACCAGGUCUCCUCUCUCUCCCCGCCCAAGAGCUAUUUUCUGCACAGGCCACAAGGACCAGCUCCCUGACCAUGGAGGGACAGGGCUCCAUCAAGGGGCUCAAUGUCAUAUACUCUGGUCCAUUGUUGAGUGUUUCAUUCUUCCAGCCG